AUGGAAGUUCCUCCGCAAGCGUAUAACUACAUGAAAGAGGCAAUAGAGUCCUCUGAUAUAGUGAUGGUCCGAGAAUUGUGCAGAGAAUUUGGCGUCCCCUCUGCACUUCGAAUGGAUAUCUGGAAGAUGUUCUUACAACCCAAAAGAGAAUUUGUCGAAGAAAGAAACACACAAGUCAAUUACGUACCCGAGUGGUUACAACUCACUGAAGGACAGAAAAUAGAAGCGACCCAAAUUGCACUCACCAUACACCCCGUAGGUACUCAACCGUUUUUAAAUGGUGUUAUAGAUAUAGCCGCCGUUGUGUCUAAAUUGUAUCCAGAAGAGUCUAAAGAAUUUCGGUGUGGCAUUACAAAAGCACUCUUAUAUAAAUUCCACCCCUUUUUCAAGUAUUUGUACCCAACAAUUGUGACAGGUUUACAAAAUUUGAUUCACAUGUUAUUAUUGUACCACGACCCGAUUUUAUCUAUUCACUUGGAUACUUAUAGAAUCGAACCAACUGAUUAUACCAACUCAUUUGGCUUCAAUUUGUGCAGUGGAAUGUGUGAGGAAUUCGACACUUUGGUCCAUUUGUGGGACGAAUUCAUCACAUUCCCAGACACGACACUCUAUAUCUAUUGUAUCGUGGGGUACCUCAUCUUUAUCAGAGAAGAUUUCUUAGCUGUUAAAAACACUGAAAAAGGAACAAAUUUUGUGAGGAAAAUAUUGGGGAAGAAAUUGAAAGAUGACGAUAUUAAAACAGUUGUUGCUGUUUCCAAAGCAAUUCGACUUUCUACGGCAUCGUCGUUCAAUCGGAUAUUACUUGGUGUGAUGAAUAACUCAGAUGCGUACCAACAGAUCUUUUCCAAAUCUUUGAAUUCGUCACUCUUCUUACCAACACUUACAAAUGAUGUGAUCAACGACAAAAUGAACAGACAAAUGCCGUUUCUAUUUAUCGAUUGCCGACGACAGGAGUCGUUUGAGGUUGGUUCGAUAUUGGCGGCUAUCAAUUUGGACUUCUUGAAACGACAAGACGACAGAAAGUACCUUGACGAUUUAUUUAAGAAUGAGUUGUCAUUGUUAACACAAAAAGACUCUGCUUUUCAUGUCGUGCUAUUUGGGGAUGAUGACAGUGAAGAUGGAGUGCCAGACAUUGGGGAGUUGUCUAUGAUAGGGUUGGACUUUGCUAAACGAGGAGUGAAGCGAGUGUCCAUAAUGAGUCAAGGCUUUGUAACGUUCCACAAGAAUGCGAUGAAUUCGAUCAGAGGAUUCCAGUUAAUGAAUCAUGAGAAUACCAUAUGUCCCCUUUGCACCACUGGAAAGCCUUUGAAAUUUACAGAAGUAGUAAAAAAUAGUAAUUUAAUUAGUGAAACUACUAUAACAGCUGCACAGACCAUAGCCCACAAAACAGUUGAAAAGACUAAAGAAUUGAGUAAUGGUUUGAUGGGCUUUUUGUAUGGGACGGCGGAGAAAAAGGAGAAAGAGAACAAAGAAAGUAAAGAAAGUAAAGAGGAGAUUAAAGAACCACCAAAAGAAAAUCAAAUACCUCAAAAGGAAGAGAAAGUGAUUGAACAAAAACCACAAGAAAUUGUUCCAACAAAGCCAGAAGAUACGCCUGUUGUGAAUGAAGAUGGAAAAACUCCCGAUGAAGAAAAAGAAGAGGAAAAGGAAGACGAAGAAGAUGACGCGUAUUUAAAAGAAAUUAUAUCGGAAUCGUCUCGGUAUGAUUCGUACCUCAACGUCGGAGGUAAACAGACAAUAUGGAAACCGAUUGUUACAGUCGUCACGACCAUAUCACUACUCCUUGUGGAGAUGCAUGGAGAGAAAAUAGUGUUGUUGGAUGACAUAAGCUUUGAAUCUAUAACAAAGGUUGUGAUGAAGAAAUCUGAGCCCGACAGAUUUACAAUUGUCCACACAGGAGGAAAAUGUACAAUUCGUGUGCCCGAGAACUACGCCAAAUUCGUCGAGGAGAUCUCCAGCAUGCAGCAAUGA